CGGGACUCGGGAGGGAACUCGAACCCGGGAGAUCGGGGCUGGCCUGGCGAGGCUUUCGUCUGGAAUCCGGCCAUUCUCAUUCCUGGCCGGAGGGGGUGUGCCGCUGGAGCCAAAGGUGCAUAGAGCAGGCUUCUUAACCCUUUCCUAAUCCUUGCUCAGUUAAGCAGAAAGUUGCUGGCCUUGGGGAGCUUGCUCAACUCUUGGAAGAAGUUGCAUUUCGUUUUAGUCUACUUCCCCCGCAUGUGUUUUGUCCCUCCACAGUCGUAUGCAUGACACGCUAUUAGUCAGAUGCUGGACUUGCAGCUUAGAAGCCAGUUGGGAAUUGGUCCAAGAAAUUCUUAUGCCGUCUAGAAAUGGAUGCUCCCCCCCCCCGUGUUUAAAUUGUUCGAUGUUUUGCUCCUUGCUGUCAAACUAACGAUACUGAGGACGUUUGUAAGCAAUCAAGUACGCUGGAGUCUAAAUAUACAGAUAGCCUGAUACUGGUCAUCUUAAAUCCCACAGAGUUCAUUUAAUCUUUUGUUUAGGAUUGUAGCUCUGUAUGAUAUAUUGCCUGAAGCUGAUAAUGUUAUCACACUUAAUAUUUUUUCAUUGAUGUGCUUUGAAUAACAUAGCUACAAAUCCAGCAUGGAUAUUUUUUAAGAGCUAAAGAGUAUGCUUAAAGUGGAGCAAAAGUUUAUGCCUUAGCUAAACAUACUUUUAAUUAAAACAUACAAACCUUCAUUUAUCUCUCGCCCUGUUCCAUUAAAAACAAAAUUGUCUUCAUGUGUAUCUCUCUGACUUCUUAUACCAUCCGUUUAUUUCUGAGACCCAAGCAAGUUGCUAUCAUAAUUUUUUUUUAGCUCAAAUAGCAGCAAAACCACUGUACCUUUGCCAUUCAAGCAAAUACAUAAAACUCUCAUCGGAGUUCUGGUUGGUGACAAGAAUGAUUCCGGCAUGUAUUCUGAAAUAUUGUUCUGCUUCAUUGUGAAGAAUGGGCCUCUAGUGCACCACCCUGAUUUUCUUCAAUAAGGCAUAGAAGCAUUUCUUACAGUAGUCACCUUUUAGGUAAACUUGUAUGUAGGAAGAGUAGGGACCUGGGUGGCGCUGUGGGUUAAACCACAGAGCCUAGGGCUUGCUGAUCAGAAGGUUGGCAGUUUGAACCCCUGCGACGGGGUGAGCUCCCGUUGCUCAGUCCCAGCUCCUGCCAACCUAGCAGUUCAAAAGCACGUCAAAGUGCAAGUAGAUAAAUAGGUACCACUCCGUCGGGAAGGCAAACGGCAUUUCCAUGUGCUGCUCUGGUUCGCCAGAAGUGGCUUUGUCAUGUUGGCCACAUGACCUGGAAGCUGUACGCCGGCUCCCUCGGCCAAUAAUGCAAGAUGAGCGUCGCAGCCUCAGAGUUGGUCACGACUGGACCUAAUGGUCAGGGGUAUCUUUACCUUUAAGUAGGAAGAGUAGCAUUAAGAAUAGAAGUAUAAGAACACCCAGGAGCUUUCAUUUGCAUUGGUCUCUUCCAUUUUCCUAUAUUGUCUUCUGUUUUAUUCGGCUUUAGAGGUAUAAAACUAUAUUGCAACUCUAAUCUUCUCUUAUUCCCUUUUUGUGAUAUAAUUGCCCCCCUGACAGAAACACAGCUAUGAAACUAUUUUCUAAAAGGAAGGUGACCUUUUCCCUUCUCUUUGGUUCAUUGGCUAUUUGAGGUGAAAGGGAAGUGUUUUGAAGAGCUGGGAAGUUGUAUCUUGGGAGUUCAAAGGAGAUCCACUAAAAGCUCAGGAAAAAGCCCAUUUUCAAUUAACUGAAUUGUUGACAUAAUUGGAGCUUAGCCUAAACUGAGCAAAACUUUUGGCAGGGAAGCAUUAUUUAUAUUAGCUGGCUGCACCUCUCAUAACAUGUGGACUUAAAUACAAAAAGGAAAUUAUUGGAUUAGGAAUUCCUCAUAUUUUCCCUUUGUGCUGUGGCAUGGCACAGUAAUUUCAGUAAGAGAAGUUAUUAAGGAACAAGAUCUCAUGAUGCGAACUUGAUAUUUUCUACGUAAGCUAUUUUUCUGUUAAUGCAGAAGAUGGUAGAAUGUGAUUAUUGGCUUCCCAGAUUUUCAGAAACUCUUGGUUUGUGUGAUGAGGGCAAUACACAUUGGUGUGAUUGAGGUGCAUCUUUUUAGUUUGUGUAUUUUCUUCUCCACUCACCCAUCUCAGUGUUCUUUGAUUAACCAAUAUACUCUAAACUUUGGGGUGUGUUGUUUGUUUGAAAUAUCUUUGUGGAUAAUGGCAAUUAAAAUGCAAGAAAACUUGCAUCAUAACCCCCUGUUGGUUUUGUGGCUCCUCUCAGCCCAGGCUUCAUUGCAGUGUAUCUUUUGUUGCUGUUUUAAAAAAUACACACAAAGACUCACCCAAUUUUUAAUGGCUUUGUUAGUUGUCCUAGCUUUCUAAAGCAUAGCUAACUAGUCUCCAGUGUGUUUCCAGCCAUAUUGCUGUAUUCACCCUGUCUACUGAACCAAAGGAGUAGGAUUAUGACAGGUAGCUAGAAGUGCUUGAAGUUUUUGCUAAAUGUAGCUGAGAAGCAGCCUAGCUAUAGGGCAGACAUAAGCAAACUCUACCCUCCAGAUGUUUUGGGACUACAAUUCCCAUCAUCCCUGACCACUGGUCCUGUUAGCUAGGGAUCAUGGCAGUUGUAGUCCCAAAACAUCUGGAGGGCCGAGUUUACCUAUGCCUGCUAUAGGGUCAUAUCUUACUGUAGGUUCUUGUUAAGAUGCUAAUGGGCCAUUAAAAUUUAUUUUAACUUAAAAAUGAUGCUUCUGUGUCACUAAGGCAUCCAGGUAUGCAGAAACCACUGCUUUGUUUCUGGGUGGGCCUGUUUCAGUUCCAAACUGCUAGACUUGGGACCACCCACUUGACAUUUGCUUUUGGGUGUUUAAAGUGUUUCACGUAUGUCAUCUUUGUGCAAUCCUUAUGGCAACCCUGUAACAUAUGCCAGCGUUAUCCCCAUAUUGCAGGUGGAGAGCACUGAAUCUGAGAGAUUCCUAAGGCCACUUACAGAGUUUAAGUUUUGUGGCCACUACCCAAAAACCAUAACCUUAUUUAUAAGUCUCACAUUUCAGUAGCUUUCUUUGUGCUCUUGAUUAGAGAAAUGAUUGCAAUUCAUGUACGCCGCAGCCUUUGGGAUCAGUUAGUAUCUUAGCCAUACUCACAAAUGUCACCUACUGCCUCCUGAAUAAAAGAAGUAAAAAAGUAGAUUAAGUUAGCUCAAAUACAGUUGACAGUAAAGUGUCAUGUUCCAAAUAAAUCUCUAGGCCCAUGGAAAGUAAAUAGAAAAAGGCACAAAUGUUUGCACACAACGCAAACCUACUAUACCAGUUACAAUGUGAAACAGGAUCAGGCAUAAAUAUCUUCAUGUGAUGCCAUAGUCUCCAGCAUGAUUUAUAUUCCAGUAGGAUGGAUGCCCUUGUGAUUUCCUGUCCUCUGAAGUUUGCAAGGAAUGUUAAUUAGCUUUAAUUUCUUUGGGAAUGUCUCUGAAUCCUCACCAGUCUAACUAUUGAUAUAACAAAAGCACAUUGACUGUGUAAAUGCUCAACUUGAGGGGCUUGCUUCCUCACUCUAAUGUACUGAGCAAACAUCCUUGUUUGAGCACCGUGAUUUUAGUGUGACAUUCUCCAGUGUUCACUUAUAUUUAUGGCCAGCAAUAGGCUUGUAUUUUUGAAUUGUGCAAGAGUUGAAGGUCCAAGAGCAUUGAUUACCUCUUUCUCUGAGCUGAGACACAGGCAAGGCAUUCUUUAUAAUCUGUUCCAGCAUGACAGCAACAGAAGGAAAGCUUGGCAUGCUCCCUUUAACAGUCACCUUGCCUCUCAUUCUGAAACACAGACAAAAGGCUGGUAGAAAGUGUCUGAUACCUAAAGUAAGGGCAACGUCCUUGAGAGCAGCAGCUGUGUUAGGAGCCGGAUAGAUAACUGGUGGUCCAGAGUCUCUCUGUAUUUAAACCAAAUGAUUGGUUGCUAGAACUUUUAGUUAUGUCACUGGAUUGUAUGACACAAAGAGCUAAUGAUGAGGCCUUUUGGUUAGCAAGAGGGACUUUAAGGUGGACAGUUAAGAAGGUCAAAAGUAUAAUGAAUAUGUUUCUAAUUAAAAAUUUGCAUAGAUUUUCACCAGGCUUCUUACCUGGUAUUCCAAAUAGCUUUCUCCCCCACUUUCCCGUCAUUUUGUUUUUUGUUGUACCACUUGAUUUCUGCAGUCAUUCGCACACCCCUGCCAAAUCUGCCCCCCCUUCUCCCAAUCUUGCCAUUACUGAAAUGUUUUUGGAGCCACUGAUAAGGGUCUUCCCUUUAUACAUUUAUAGUCCUACAUAAUACUAGCUGAAGACAAAUGUUUUCCAUUUUUCUUACUGAUUCUGUGUAUGCUUUAGCUGGUCACUGCCAAAAUAACUUUCCCGUUACGUGGGUUGUGAUGAUGACCUUAACUCAUCAUCCUCAAUAUCUUUAGCCUCUUCAGUUAAAAUGAAGAGCAGAAAGUACAAAGUACAAAGGUACACUUUGCGGUUCGAGGACCCGCCCCCGUGAGAAAUAAAGACACAGUGACACAUGGAUUUGAGUUAAUGGGUAAAAUAAGGCCACAAUUUCAUUGGUUAGAGGCUGAGCAAGUGAGAGGUAUUGGCUUAGGCAUUGGACACCCUAGCAAGCGUGACUCCACCCUGCUCAGCGGGGGGGGGGGUGUCAUAUAAGGUUAACACCCCGAGGGAGGAGCCUGUUGAUGCAAAUACAACUGAAAGCUCCCCCUGGUGUCACCGGGGGUGGUGCCAUGGCCCUAGCCCCCAGCAGGGCAUCGGACGGGAUCCACGACCGCCGGAUCCCUUAAGGGGGGAUACCUGAGUAAUCAUGGAAAAAGAGGAGACGUGCUCUUGUGGAUCAGGACUUUGUUAAAUAGUAAGCAGUGGACUGUUCUCUGAAUGGAGAGGUGUAGAAAGUGGAGUCCACCAAGGACUCUAGAACUGGUAGACAUCCAAUGGAGCUAAUUGUGGAAACAUUCAGAAUAGUAGCUAAAGGGAAGUUCUCCUUCAUUUCAUGCAUAGUUAAACUAUGGAACUUGCUCCCAUAGUCAACUCUAUCACCCGUAUUAUACUCCCAUAAAUAUCAUUCUAGAGGUGUUUUCCUCAACUUUAGAUGAUACGGGACUAUGGGGAAGGCUGGCAGGCUUGGGUCAGGAGAUUUUUCUGCUCGCCUUCCAUAUACUUCAUAAGGAUUGUUUCCCUAUUGUCUUUGUAGUCAGCCAUGCUUGGCAGCAACAGGAAGUAAAAGAAGGGGCAGCUAGUACAAAAAAUGCUAUGUGCCCCCCCCUCCCCGAUGCUUGGUGUAUCUUGGGACGAACAGUAUGACGUAGGAGCAGUGUUUAUAAGGGACACAGAGUCUUGCUUUGGGAGGUAGUAAGAACUUAUUUUCGUAGAAGGACAAAACCCAGCACUAAUUUGAAAAAGCUCCAAUAAAUCCAGGAAAUAUUUGCUGCCAAAAUGCUCUCAGGAAAUAUUGGAUCGGUCUUUCCAUUAUCCCCCUAGCACAUGUAAACAAAAAAGCUUGGCUUUACAACAUCAUCAAAUAAACUAAGUCUCUUUUAUUGUUCCACUGCAGUGAGAAAGGGGAGAUAAAAACCUUGGGGAGGUUGAUGAAUGUUUUCUCUGAUGGUGUACUUUAGUUUUGUACUUGUUGCACCACAUAAUAUGUGAAUUUCUUUUUCAUAUAAUUGUUCACAAAGUUCUGUUUGAUUUAAGAGUUAAGCAGCGAAUAGACUACUGUAUUUAGUCUUCCUGCCUAGACUGAUUGAAUGUUUUAAGCAUUUAAAAUUGAUAUUGCUUGUAGUUGGAAGAUGUGGAAAUUGAUUAUAGAAAUAUAUGCACACACCUACCUUUGAAGAUCAAAAUCGCUAUUGAGAUUAAGGCUUUUAAAAAUAUUUGAAUUGGAAUACGAUAAAGUGAAUUUUACAUUCAUCUUUUGUUGAUCCAAAAGUGCAUAUGGUCAAAUCUGUUAGUUGUUGAGGUUUAAAACUUUGGACUCUAUUACAUACUUGUUUGUUACUAGGUUUUGGAGUGUUGUCCUUUUGGAUUACCCUUCAAGCUCCCUUUUCUUUAGUCUUGAUGAAGGGCAGGGCAAAAUGCUACAGGAAAUAUUUUCACAUUGUUUUGCCAUUGACCUCUUCUUCGCAAUGCUGUUGGGACUGCCCAAAAGCACAGCAUGGGUGUGAAGACCAGCAGUAACCUGUUGAGAGUGGUGGGGCUAGAUUGAAUGGAGUUUACACAUGCCUAUUCGUCUCCAGGGUUGAGCUGUGUUAAAUUAAUUGUUGCAAGUAAAUUAAAGUCAAGUAAAAACCCAUCUGUCUAGAAAAUUCCCUCCACGGCCACGCCCACCUUCGUGCUUCCUGGAGUUAAACUAAAACUGCAGUCUUACAUUGCUAGGCAGCAAGUCCUCUGAACACUGUGAGGUUUAUCGGUUGUGAUGUGAUACAGCCGCAUAACCAUAGCUUUCCGACAAAACUGAUAAAGGCUCUAGUUGGUUUUUAGUGCUGCUUAGUCCCAUGUAUUUCUCAUGACACCCCCCCUCCCUGGGAAUAAAUACAGGGCAGUCACAGAUGGCGUAGAGGUGGAGAAGGACCUGCUUAACUCUUUUCCUACUAGUCAUUUAUUUGUUCACUCAAAAUCCCCCUGUGGCUUCCCAACUAUUGUGGGGAAAUAUACAAAGUUGUGGGACCCCAUAUGCUUUCCCCUGCACAAUCUCUGACCCAUGCUCAUUCAUUUCUUUGUAUGGUUUUGGUACUUACAGAAAUUUAGAAACUUGGGAGCAUUUCUUUUCGAUAUGAGGACAGUCUAUCUCAAGGACAAUUCAGAAGACUGUUACAAUGAUUAAUUAGCUGCUUUGAGCAUAGUGAGAAGGAACGCAAUCCGUCUCCUCCAUCUCUGAUCUACAAUGAGUGCCAAAUCCGCUAUCAGCAAAGAGAUUUUCGCUCCGCAUGAUGAAAGAAUGUUGGGAGCAGUCCAGGUAAAAAGGAGAACGAAGAAAAAGAUUCCCUUUUUGGCAACGGGGGGUCAGGGCGAAUAUUCAACUUACAUCUGUUUGUCAGUGACAAACAAGAAACCUGCACAGGCAUCUAUUACAAAAGUAAAACAGUUUGACGGUUCCACAUCUUUUGUCCGAAGGUCGCAGUGGAUGCUUGAACAACUUCGCCAGGUUAAUGGAAUAGACCCUCAUAAGGAUUCCCCAGAAUUUGAUUUACUAUUUGAAAAUGCUUUUGACCAAUGGGUAGCAAGCACAGCCUCUGAAAAAUGUACAUUCUUUCAAAUUCUCCAUCACACCUGUCAGCGGUACCUUACAGACAAAAAGCCAGAAUUUAUUAAUUGCCAGUCUAAAAUUAUUGGAGGAAAUAGCAUAUUACAUUCAGCUGCAGACAGUGUAACCAGUGCAGUACAGAAGGCAAGUCAAGCUUUGAAUGAGCGUGGUGAAAGGUUAGGUCGAGCAGAGGAAAAGACGGAGGAUAUGAAGAACAGUGCUCAGCAGUUUGCAGAAACUGCACACAAGCUUGCUAUGAAGCACAAGUGCUGAAAAUGCCUACUGUAAAGAUCUUUCCAAGAGGAACUGAAAAGCUAGAUUCAUCGUUUUUUUACUGGAGAUACAACCACAUGUCUGCUUUUUUCUACAGUUCAUUGAAGCCCAGUUAUUCCAGUUACUAUGUAGGAAAUAAGUUGUAUUCCUAUCUUUUUGUAUUGCUAAGCCAUUCUGCACUAUUACCAUAUAUACAUAUAUUUUAAUUUAAAAUAAGAGAUGGUGUUAACAUGGAAAUUGGACCAAAGGACAUACUGAACUGCAUUGAUCUUCAACAUCGCACUUUUCCCAGUAUUAAGAAAGAAGAAAUAAAACUACCUACGGGGAAGAUUACCAAAUGAAAAUAAAAUCCAAGGAAUUUGGUUUACAAUGAUCUCUUUGAACAAUUUUAGAGCUACAUAGUUUAUGCCUUCAAUCACUGAGCAAAACGAAAUGAAUUAUUUGCUAUGAAAAAGCAUCCUUCUCAUUUCUGCCAGGAUUAAUACUCAUAUUUUGCAUGUGCCAUCACCAGCACCACAGUGCAGAUCUGGAUUUGAGAUGUCUCCCUGCGGUCAACACUACAUUUUCAAAAUAGCUUCUUUUUUACUGUUCUGAUUUAUUCUUUGGACUAUAUAAAACCACCUAGAAUUCACACUUGAGAUGUUAAGGCCUAAGGAAACUCCGUUGAUUAAAUUUCUAAAUGUCUCUACAUUUAGUCUGGAAUUUAGCAGAAUUUUCCCUUUGUAAAUGACAUUUUUUUUUAAAAAAAAAAGAGAGAACAUUCCAAAUCCACAUUAUACAGGAAUCAUUCCAGCAUUUUAAUGUGUCCACGAACACUUGCUGAAGCUGCAGUUCUGCUUAAUGUUAAGCAUGCUUCAAUUUUAGUGCUUUGAGUAACUUUGGUACAUUUAUUCCCAACACUGCAGCCUCACCAUCCUUGGCUAGGAGAAGCUAAGUUUGAGCUGCCCUUGCAUUGCGUGGUUCCCAAGGAGGCUCAUAAUUUUAGCGUAACUAAAAUUAACCUAGCAUUUUGUGGAAUACUCACUUGCACACACACAAGUUUUGUUGGUUUUGAAGUUUUUGCCUUUUGAUCUAACAACAUGCACAAAAGCCUCUUGGUUGAGUUUGGGAACUGGAGCUAUGCAUGGAGUUCUUGGCACUAGAGCUCAGCAUCCAAUACUUAGGGUUCGCAGUUACUCAAUUAGCUUGCAACACUUGAUCUAUAAGCACAUCCAUUGCACAUGAAGUCAGUUCUGUCUGCUUUGUCAGCAUCAGUACCAGACCAUCCCUUAAAGAGAUGAUUGAGUCGUGUGGAUCCAACCACACUUUUUCCUCUGAUAGAACUGAAUAUUUGCUAGGCAUAGGAAGAUAUGUGUGCAGAAAAUGUGAGGGUCUUUCCAUGACUCUCCAGAACAACCCCCCCUCCAUAAAUUACAGCAAGUGUUUCAGGAUUUCUGAUAUAUUUUGCAUUUUCUUUUCUGAUUUCCCUCCCUGAUUUGAAUUUUUAGAUCCAAAGUGAUAUGUGAGCAGAAUUUCAUGUUAUUUCACUGCUGUUGCAUUAUAGAUGGUGAUCUAUAAUGUUUUUUGAGUAAGGCAGCCCAAGAGAUGAGAAAAAUGGUUUGUAGAUACAGGAGAGCAAAAAUUCUGCAGUUAUAUUUUAUUUUUGUUUGCACAGGUACCAGCAAAACAAAAGAAGCAGCUUUUAAUGCAGAUGAACCUUUAAAUCAACACAGAGAGAACAUCCAUUUAAUUAGACUUAACUGCCCAUUAGAUUUGUUUGAAAUUGUAAGAGAAAAGUGGUUUUGUGGGCACCCCCCUUAGGAGUUACAACAGCACAAGCCUGGCAGUUAGACAUGUUCCAGUUCAAAAUAAGGUGGCUGAACGUAACAUCUUCACUGUUCAUCCAAGGUGCAUUUUGAACCAUUGGCUCCACCUGACACACCCACUGCUCAAGAAUUAAAUGGGCCAGAGAAAUAUCCAAUAGAACUUUGCCCUUUGAAAUUAGACUAAAGCAUACAACAUUUUCCAAAGCAAUUUUGUUGCCAGUUUUUCAUUACUCUUAUUAAUAGGCUUGGGCGAGGCAGGGGUGUCAGGAUAA